AUGUGUCAAUACGAAUAUUACCAAUGGCAGAAAUGUGGUCAUAAAUCUAUCGAAAUCACAGAAUACUGCAAUACAGUUUUCUGGAAAGCUGGUAUGACAGCUCGCCUUAAUCCAUGUCCUGAACAAAAUUUCAGAGCAUUUUUUGUGAGGGUUGGAAUCUUGGAUGGCUUGGAUUUUGGUGCUUGUAAAUGGAUCGGACAAUCUGGAUAUUGCAAAAUGUGCGAAGAAGAAUAUCAUAUGCCAAAAGCCGUUCCUUUUCGCACCUAUGAAGACUAUGAGUUUCUCGAAGGAAUUGGAGACCUCACCGGCCCAAUCUUCGCAGUCAAGUUAGCCGAACCGAUUACAUACCCUCCUCCCCCUCACUCAAUCCAGUUCUCCUCUACUCCAAAUGAAUAUGUCUCCAAAGACUUUCUUGACAUGGAGAUAGCCAAAAUCUCGUCUCUCCCACAUGAAGCGACACCACCCACUGGAGAAAACUUGUUAGAGCGUAGACUCAAAGCUUCAUUACACCAUCCUUACAUCUUCACACCGUAUAUCCACAACACCGUUGCAGACUUGAUCUCCGUUAGAGACCAGGACUUCGCAACUUUGAUCUCGAUUCAAGAUAAAGACAUCCCCGAGGGGGCUUCAGAGAAAGGUUCCAUGAAAGAAUUACGAGAACUAUACUUUCCAUCAAAGAUGCAAAUGUAUGAACUGAAUCAAGGUGUGGAUGGUGUUACUCAACAAUGGAGUAGCAGUGGCUAUUGUGAAGGACUAGUGGUACAGGGUGUACCCAGCCACUACUUCUGGAAUCACUGUGGAAUGACACCUCAAGAUGAGCAGUAUGUCGUGGAUAAGUUGAAGGAUGGCAUGCCAUUGCGACACAUUUGGCGUGAGAACUUCAAGGAGAGAGGCAUGGAUCUUGCAAUGUUCUAUCAAUACGGGCGAAAGAUGGAGCAGCACUUUGAAGCUCGUGGAGUACGAGUAAACUCCAAGAUGGGAGAGAUUCGACGAGAACUUGGUGAAAGAUCCCAAGCAGCCGAUGGCAUGCAGCCAUUUGGUACGUAUCGACAGGGUGUGAACAGUGGUUUGCAGCCUGGCUACGGGGUGUCUCAUGCUCACAUCAAUCCUUUGGGACGAAGCUUAGAGGAUCUCAAUCAACAACAAUCUCGGCAGCAGCAGAUGCAAGAACAUACACAACAAAAUAUGAUGCAACAGGUGAUACUGCAGCAAUUAGUCCAGCAACAAAUGGUCAAACAGCAGAUUCUUCGACAAUGCCAGGUUCGGCAACAACAGAUGUGGCAACAGCAGAUGAUGCAACAAAUGCAACAACUACAGGAACAAUCACAACAGGCCACGGAUAUUGGAAAGGGUCCGAUUGUGGCCGUGGAGGAAAUUGAGUCGUAUGAGGCAUAA